AUUUCCGUGUUAUGUGGCGACCAUAAACAUAUACACAACCAGCCUGUUUGUGUCAAGUUCCUGUUUGGCUAAAUGAUCCAUGAAUGGCAGCUGUGGUGUGAGACGGCGCUGAAUAGGAUGGUGGUAAUAAAUGGGCCUGAACAGUGGCAAUUAAAAAAGUAUGAAAACUGUCGUCUCGAGAACAUUUUACCAACGAAACGCAGAUAAACUGGAGACACCGGAACAGCAGCAAAUUGUGGAAGAACUUUGUGAACAUCCUCGGUCGGUACAUUUAAAGAAGCAGCUCGGUGGACCUCGGAUUCAGGGAAGCAAAUCUCCAAAAGUUGGUUCUGUUCAUCUGGACGCAGCGUUUUGUGGGAGAAACGUUUCGUCACUUGGAUGCUAGCUCGGGUUUAGUUGGUCAGCCCACAGCAGCGACACUAGCAGCUAACUUCUACUCUCUAUAUUCAUCGUCAUCAUCGUUUCAAACGAGACGUGAAUGACAGGAACAGGCUGAAUUGUAUUUCCGGUGCUCUUUGGGAUGCUUCUCAGCUGUUCCUGUUCAUUUCUUUAAUUUUCUAACUGGUAGCAGUCCUUUAACAGAAAGCGUUGUUGAGGCUGAUGAAUCCCUGAAGCUCGCUUCGACCGCUCGCUGCCUGGACACCGCCCUCAGACCGGAUGACAGGAGAUGAGACACUGGAGCCCUGGACCACAUCAUGAGCAUUCAAAGCCUACAAGGAGCUAUAGGGGAGUCUCUUGGCUCUAGUCUCACAGUGCGCAUGAGUGGAGCAGGUGGUGGGUGGAACAGCCUCUCCCUGAAACCUGUUUCCCCGGGGUGGAUCGCCUCCAUUUUCCACACCAUGGUCCCCACCGGUUACACCAAACUUCAGGAGGAGCGGUUGGCCAUGGUGGACCUUGGAGCUAAAUCUGAGGCCAACUCACUCCAGAACGGGUACAGACAGGAGACGUCUCAUAUAGAAGGUAGACGGGUUCUGGACCGGGCCUCUCGGGCCUCGUUGACUUUAGCAGACUGUGGCGAUGGAGACUGCUCGGAGACGGAGCCUAUGCUCACUGAGAGGAGGCUCUCGGGUGAAGAGGCAGAUGGGGAGGAGGAAGAGGAGGAGGAAGGGCUGGGAUCGAACACGCAGAAUAUGCCAAAGGAGUCAGUGCUGGCUAUGGCAUUUCAGAUUUUGGUGCCUUUCCUUCUAGCCGGAUUUGGAACCGUAUCAGCUGGAAUGGUGCUGGAUGUUGUGCAGCACUGGGAGGCGUUCCAGUACAUCACAGAGAUCUUCAUCCUGGUACCCGCUCUGCUCGGCCUCAAGGGAAACCUGGAGAUGACUUUGGCCUCGAGGCUGUCCACAGCGGUCAAUGUGGGCAAGAUGGAUUCUCCCAUCGAGAAGUGGAAUCUAAUCAUAGGGAACCUGGCACUGAAGCAGGUUCAGGCCACUGUUGUGGGUUUCCUGGCGGCCGUAGCAGCCGUGGUUCUUGGUUGGAUUCCAGAGGGGAAGUUUCAGAUGAGCCACGCUGUUUUGCUCUGCUCCAGCAGCGUGGCCACGGCCUUCAUAGCCUCCCUGCUGCAGGGUAUCAUCAUGGUGGGGGUAAUUGUGGGCUCGAAGAAGACGGGGAUUAACCCAGACAACGUAGCCACGCCCAUUGCAGCCAGUUUUGGUGACCUCAUAACCUUGGCGAUCCUGGCCUGGAUAAGCCAAGGCUUGUACAAGUGCCUGGAUUCCUAUCCGUAUGUGUCCUCGUUGGUUUGGGCCUUCUUCAUGUGUCUGACUCCGCUGUGGAUCGUCAUCUCCUCCAAGCACCCCGCCAGCCGCACCCUGCUCUACUCAGGAUGGGAGCCCGUCAUCACUGCUAUGGUCAUCAGCAGCAUCGGAGGGCUCAUCCUGGACAAAACGGUGUCUGACCCAAAUCUGGCCGGCAUUGUAGUGUACACCCCCGUUGUCAACGGUAUUGGAGGUAACCUGGUGGCUAUUCAGUCCAGCAGGAUCUCCACCCACCUUCAUUUCCACUGUGCUCCUGGGGAAGUUCCCAAUGAGGCCAAGGGCUGCUACUACCCCUGCCGCACAUUCUGUGGUACAGGCGCCAAUCAUCGUUCUGCACAGAUGCUCUUCCUUUCGGCCAUCCCCGGUCACCUGAUUUUCCUCUACGCCAUCCACUUCAUGAAGAGUGGCCACACAACCCUGACGCCCAUCUUUAUGUCUGUCUACCUAGCUGCUGCUAUGCUGCAGGUACUCCUGUUGUUGUGUAUAGCAGACUGGAUGGUGCACUCAAUAUGGAGGAGCGGCAAAGACCCAGACAGUUUCUCCAUCCCUUACCUGACGGCGCUAGGGGACUUGUUGGGCACCGCCCUGCUGGCACUCAGCUUUCACUUCCUGUGGCUCAUAGGAGAUCAGGACAGCGACGUGGGCGACUGAAAGCGUGCCACUUCUCCGUCUCUAAUGCCCUUAAGCCUUGUUGUACUGGCGGUGCUCCCUGUUGCUGGUCAGCACAUUCCUUAACUUCACAUCCUGGAUGAAACUUUUAAUCUACACAAGGGUUUAAAAAUUGUUCCUGUUUAUUUCUACAUGCAAACCACAUCGUACUCGUUAAAUUUCUGUUUUUGUGUAGCGAUUGUGACCUGCAUCAUUUGCACCAAAGCACUGCUGGUCUUGUUCACUGGAGCAGGAAAUCACCAGCCAUCGCCCACAAACCUGAAGAAACCUUAACUGGUGGACUCUGCAGCCCAGCAUCAGUCAGAGGCCUUCAGUGAAAAAUUAAAAACAUGUCUUAUAUGUGGAAUAUAUUUUGGGGAUUGUGUCUGCCACCAUGUCUAGUAAGAUCAACAAGUGAAGCCUGACUGUUAGCAGAUGAACUCGACUGCUACAGACUCGAGAACAGCUCGAGUCUGUACUGAUGGUACGAAACGUUUACCUGUGUACUUUUGUUUUUAUUUGUUUCAUGGUUUGUGUUGGAUUUCUCUGUUCUCUGCAUAUUUAAGGGACGUUCCUCUCCUGUUGUGCCCGCGUUCUGUGCACCAAUCAGCUGUGGGCUGGACAUCUGGGGCCGCCUUGUGGUGUGUGGCCUUUUCAGCAAAAAUGUAAGCUUCUGUGGUUUGUUUUCAGAGGGCGUCCCCGUGGAUCCCACUCUUUCUGAUCAGUCUUGUGGAGAGCCACUGCUGUCACUUUUUUACUUUCUCUGUGUUCUCAGUGUUUUGUGGAUCGGGGACCAAAACGUCUGCUCAGCACUGAUGUUUGUUUGAAUUUAAGUUUUAAACCAAGAAUCAUCUUCUUAAAGAUGCUUGUGUUGGAAGGUGAACAGGGGUCAAAACAGAUUAUGCCACAUUGCUGAUAGUGGACCUUUGAUUAAGUCCUGACCCACAAGCUUAACAGCCACAACCUACCUGGAGCAGUGCUUGGUGGGGGUGGAGGUGUUGGUGGGUUCUGGUCUUUUCUUUUGUUACUAUUCCAACACCUAUACUCACAAGACUGAAGUGACAGGAAAGGAUCAGGUGUUGUUUAAUCUAAGAUGUGCAUGUUUGGUCAUGUUGCAGCUGGCUACUUCCAGGGUUAAUGUUUAUUAAGUUACUCGGUGAGAUUACCAGUAACAUACCUGUUAGUCUUGGCUGAGAUAACAUUACAUUUACCAAACAUAUUUAGACCUCACACCGGAAACCUGACAACUGUAAACGGGAAGCCUCAGAAGCUCUGCAUAAAUUACAUACGAGCACUUGAACGCCCUGUGCAGGGACGUUCAGAUGAUUAGUGCAUGUGCACAUGCUUCAUGUUUCAAACGAGUGAGCAGAGACGUUACUAUAAUUAGCCUGCGAGUGCACAGGGACACUUUUAAUGAUACAGCCAGUUUUGAAGUAUCAGGAGGUAUGAACAGCUGGUCUGACAUUCAUAUAUUCAGGAUUAAUAGUUAGCAGGGAGGGUAUUUCUUAUGUUGUACAUCACUCUUUACUGUCUCAAUGUCACGUAAACCUUGGUAACCCACAAUGCCAACCACCACACAGCUCCGCCUCCCAGAUCAGAUCUUGUGCCUGUGUCAGUGCGCCCUCUGACCUCUGUUUGACCUCUCUUCCUCGUGUAUGAUCACUCUGAUGCUGUUUACAAUUCCACUGUUUGGAACUUUCCUUCAAAGACCAGCCUGUCCCCGCAGGAACCUGGCAAAUGUGGGAACACGGAGCGUUCUCAUUACAAGGAGCUCUGUCACCACCGUCUCAUAAACAGUGCAGACCGACACGGCGGCUACAGAGUCACAGGUUCAACCACAACAACCGUUCUCUUUGUUGGGAGCCUCACUGCUCCACCUCGGGGCGAACCCAGAGCAGCCUGAGCGUUCGUAGCACCUGUCCAAAAAUAUGAAAUACUUUCAUUUGGGUGUAUUUUGGGUCACUUUAAAUAAAAUCAUCAAAUUUUAGGCUAAAAAAAGAGAUUUUUUUCAUCCUGUCAAUUAUGACCCAGAAUUAAUUUCUGCUUUUUGUUUGUGAGACGAGGUUUGUGAAACAGUGGGACCACUGGCCUCCCACGGUGGAUGAUCACAUGCUGUUUACACGAUGAAUCAUCAGUUCUCAGACUGAACAGCAGGUUUCACCUUGAAAAGAUUCUUUUUUCUGAAUGUAUUGUUUCAUUAUUCAGAGAGCAGUGAUUCAGCUGAGUCAGCCUGAUGGGAAAUCAUUCCCUGUAGCUCCUCCGGGAAUGAGACGGGAGAUUAAACCCACUCGUUUAAGUUAUCCGAUGUGCGUAUGUGAACGUAGCCAGUGGUCCUCUUUAAACCCAAAAUGUGCCUCUCGAGAUUUACUGGUUGACGAGGUAUUUUUCACUCUGUCACACCAUUAAUGCAACUUUCUUUCUCCUGUAUUGUAACACUGUGCAAUGAGCUUCUUUUGUACUCUCAGUUUCUGAAGAGUUUCAUUCCAGAACAGCAUAUCCACCAUCCUAACUGUGGGAAACUACAUGCAGAUAUCAGACGCGUUCUCGGAUCGGGGCUGUUUUUUGGAAUGAAACCCUUUGUUUGUGGCUCAUAUGGGCCAGAAAUGAUUCAAAAAUAAUAAAUAUCCUUGAUUUGAAAAGCA